AUGGGCCUGAAGAUGGGUGAAAGAUACGUGAUAACCGUGGGUAUUCUGUUUCUGUCAACAGUCUCGUUUCUUUCACUGUAUCUACUUCCAUCUAGUGGCACUGAUGAGAUACUUGGUAGAGAGCAUAUAGUGCCUCGUGUCAGAGAUCUUGAAGCACGGAGGUAUAUGCAAGAGAAGCAAGCUGCGGAGCUCCAGAGAAAAGCUGAAGAGGCAGGAAUAGUUGCGCCUCCCAUACCAAAGCCUGAAAUUGCUGCUGGUGACGAUAGUGAUGCACGGCGGAUAACUGUGAAGCAGAUGACCAAGUUCGCCUGGGAUUGCUACAGGAAGUACGCAUGGGGUGCGAAUGAGUUACGGCCAGUUUCCAAAACUGGACAUUCCGCUUCGGUAUUUGGAAUGGGAGACAUGGGAGCAACGAUAGUGGAUGCAAUCGACACGUUGUGGAUUAUGGGUCUGAAAGAAGAGUAUGAGCAAGCUCGAAGCUGGGUUAAACAUAGUCUGGACUUCACGAGAACAGCGAUGUAUGUUGAAAAAGCGGAAGAAAUUGCCAAACUCCUUCUUCCUGCUUUCAAUACUCCUACUGGAAUUCCAUACGCCGUGGUGAAUGUGGUCACUGGUUCGGCCAAAAACUAUGGUUGGGCAAGUGGUCAGAGCUCGAUUUUAUCAGAGUUUGGUUCUCUACAACUAGAAUUUGACUAUUUGUCUCACGUCACAGGCAAUAAGAUCUACUCGGAGAAGAUCAAACGAAUUCGUGACUUCUUGACUGAAAUGGACAAGCCUAAUGGACUCUACCCAUUGUACCUGAAUCCAAAGACUGGCAAAUGGGGAUCAUUGGACCAUUCCAUUGGCGCUUUGGGUGACAGUUUCUACGAAUACCUUUUGAAACACUGGUUAAUCACCGGCAAAACGGAUGAUCACACUAAAAAGGAAUAUGAUGCUGCUGUCUUUGCCAUGGAGAAGAAGAUGCUGUACAAGAGCGAAGCGAGCGGAUUAUGGUAUUUUGCCAAUCUUCAUGGAAGUCGAGUAGUGCAUAAAAUGGAGCAUCUCGCCUGUUUCUCGGGAGGAAUGUUUGCACUUCAGUCAGCCAACGAGUACAAUGCCAGUGUUUCGGUAUGGUUGUAUUUUUAG